AUGUCCGGCUGUGCUUACUUCCCCGCCUGGGAAGAGCGAUUGACAGAAUUCUUCCAAGAACAAAGACGGUCCAACGGACGAAUUGUACAGAAAGGCAUUCCGGAGGAUGAUUUUCAUGUGGAGACUACAACCAAACAAUCCAUGGAGGCGGUCGUGUAUGAUACCCUCAUUAUGUCGCACAAACGACAUGGUCCCAUCUUGGUCAUGGUGUGUAGCAAAGGUCAUGGGAAAUCCUCGGACUAUGACCGGGUUCUGAUGACCAGGGAGUGUAAAGCGUCAGUCAAACGUGCACACAGAAUUCGAGAAGCAGACGUGAAGUCGGAUGCAAAGGUAGUGAGGACCGCCCGGGUGUACGGAGCGGUGUUGAGAGGGACUAGUCUUGAGUUUCAUGUAGAAUGCUCCCACGGGCGCCUUUUGAGUUCUAUGGAGGAGCCUCAUGGGGAAGGACUGGCGGAUUCUAGUGAAGAUCUCUCUAUAGUGUUGACAGGACUGCGGGUGCUCUCGUCCGAGAAGGUAGACCUGGAGGAUUCAAUCGAAGAGCCUCAGAUGGAAUUCCCAGGAAGUCUGAUGGAUGUCAUUGUCCAUGGUAGACGAAGGGUCUUUCAUCAGAAUUCGUUCGAUAUUAUGAGCAUUUUGAACAAUCUGAGAAAGGAAUGGGGGCUCCCUUUACUUAACAGCCCUCCAAUCUAUAUCAAGCCUGUGGUACCAGUCAAUACUCCGGCACUUGUGUUCCCGUCUGUCAUGGCUGAUGACGAUCAGCCAGAAAGUUUCCAGAGACCUGAAAUGAGGAGCCGUGGACUUUCUCUUUUGAAGAGUAGUUUUAACCGUGGCUCCCCUACCUGGACUCACAGUCCCACCCCGAGUGAACUGGGGCUGACUGCUGAACUGGACCCUGCUAGUGAAUCGGGGCUAUCGGCUGAAUACCAUCGUCGGGAGGCUCCUAGUGCGGAGGAGAGUUCUUUGGAUCAGAUUACCCAUAGCGACCUUGGCGUCAGUCCAAAUUAUGCGGAAGACUUUGAGGCCUCUGACGACAACAAAGGCGUGGUUAGUAUGGAUAGCGAUGACUCGGUCAAUCUUCUCACUGACAUCCCCAGCAGAGGACUGAGAGACGCGGCACUCGAUGUCUCGUCAGAUGAUAACCUUAGUUCUCGAUGGGGCCACAUGCCCGCUAUAUGGAGGCGUGCACGGCGUGAGCGAGAAGCCAGGAAUGAUAUAGCACCCAGUCCCUCUAUCAGGGGGUCUAUAGCAAACUUGGAUGAGGCUUUUCAGGGGCUGCCUUUUAGCGGUACUGCAGACGGAGUGACGGUUGAUGCGGAAGAGCGCGAAUAG